CUGAAAACGAGAGCAUUUUCUUGAAGUCAAGAUUUUAAGAGAAGUGAAAAGAUUCAGGUUCAUUUAAGGGAAUGUUCAGAAGAAACGAGACAACUGUUGAUGAGUUCAUUCUCUUGGGAAUCACAGAUAUUUGGGAACUGCAGGUCAUUCUCUUUGUGCUGUUCCUUCUGAUCUGCAUCACCUCAUUGGUGGGGAAUCUUGGCAUGAUUGCAUUAAUCAGGCUUGACUCCCGACUCCACACCCCCAUGUACUUCUUCCUCUGCCACCUCUCUCUGGUAGACCUAGGUAACUCCUCAGCAGUUGCUCCCAAAAUGCUAGUGAGCUUCUUUGAAGAAAGGAAAGCCAUCUCUCUGCCAGGGUGUGCAGCCCAGAUGUACUUCUGUGGAGUCUGCAUAAUCACCGAGUGUUACCUGCUGGCUGCAAUGGCCUACGACCGGUACGUGGCCAUCUGUAACCCUCUGUUCUACAUGGCCACCAUGUCUCAAAAGUUUUGUGUCCAACUGGCCGUGGGAUCCUAUGUAGUAGCUACUGUGAAUGAAACAGUGCUUGUCAGCUCCGUGUUCAGUUUACACUUCUGUGGCCCUAAUGUCAUCAAUCACUUCUUCUGUGACAUUCCUCCACUCCUGAAACUUUCCUGCUCCAGUACUACUGUCAACGAAAUAAUGGCCAAGGAAAACCAAAGUGUUGUGAUAGAGUUCAUCUUUCAAGGCCUUUCCUCCCAGCCAAGGACACAGACUGUUCUUAUCAUAGUGUUCCUGGUUUUUUAUCUGUUCACAGUCAUUGGGAACAUCAUGAUCAUUACAGUGAUCAGAGCUGAUAGCCAGCUGCAGUCACCCAUGUACUUUUUCCUUGCCAACUUGUCCUUCUUAGACAUCUGCUACAUCUCCAGCAACAUCUCCCAGAUGCUGGUGAACCUCUUGACCAAGAAGAGGACCAUCUCCUUCUCUGGAUGUGCUGCUCAGAUGUAUUUCUCUCUGGCUUUUGGCAUGACAGAGUGUGUCCUGCUUGGGGUCAUGGCCUAUGAUCGAUACAUGGCAAUAUGUCACCCCUUGCGCUACACCGCUGUCAUGAACAGGAAGGUUUGCAUUCACAUGGUGGUGGCUUCCUGGACCAGCAGCCUGCUGAGCUCCAUGGUCAUCAACAGCCUCACCUUGCGGCUGCCCUUCUGCGGGCCUGACGUCUUGAACCAUUACUUCUGCGAAGUACUAACAGUGCUGGCCUUGGCCUGCGCUGACACUGCUCUUGUGGUGUUGGUCAUCUUCGUCUUCAGCAUCCUCAUAGCCUUCAUCCCCUUUCUUCUGAUCGUCACCUCCUACAUUUACAUCCUUUCUGCCGUCUUGAAGAUUCAAUCUGCACAUGUGCAAUCCAAGGCCUUCUCCACCUGUGGAUCUCACCUGAUGGUGGUAACCAUAUUCUACGGGACAGCUCUCUGCAAAUACAUGAAUCCUAAGUCAAAGCCUCCACAGGACAGGGACAAAGUGGUUGCAGUGUUUUACACCAUCAUAGUCCCAAUGCUGAACCCCCUCAUCUACAGCCUCAGGAACAAGGACAUGAAGUGUGCCCUGAGCAGGGCAAUGAAUAGACCCAAACUCCUGUUUAUUUAA